UUGUACAAUUGCAGUGGCGCAGACCUACUCGUCGACUUUUCUAUUACUCUUUCCGUACCAUCCCAUGGACAAAUUGAUGCAUCAGCAGUGAAAAAUGUAUUGAUAAGCGCACUGCCACGUAUCGAAAUGAAUCUCAACGGUAUUCGCAUCGAUCGGAGUAGUGUUUCGGUGCAGUAUUACGAUUCUCACAGCUGACA